AUGGAAGCAAUUGAACGAUCCUCGCUUCUCUUCCGAGCAGCUGGCCUCUUGAACUCUCCACCGUCUGGCGUUAAAUCCGACUCCGUGGAUGAUCAGUACUCACUUCAAAUGGAGGCCCACCCAACUCCCCUAUCUCCGAGUAGACGCCGCAAAGCUCCCAUUUCUGAACCAGACAGUCCAGUCAUUGAAACAAAGGUGUCAAAAUGUGGCAACUCCUCUGCUGAGGAAAGGAAUCUCAAGGCUACUUCUCCCGAAGAUGUCACAGCUAAACUCCCUUCAAAUUACCCACUGGAAUUGAGUCAGACACUAUUUUCCAACAUUCUGGCUGCUCUCACAUCAAAUGGACUCAUUAACCCCUUUGCUUAUCAUCUUGGAGACCUGAUCCCUCAACCUCCAAGUUUAAAUGGAAUUCUAGGGCAGAGUAAGAACAACUGUCCACCGAAACCUAGGACUUCUCAUGGCAUUUGUGAUAUUCUGGGAGUGAACGACACAACAAGCAACCACAAUGAGAUCAGCAGGGAGUCACCGAGAUCCUCUGUCAACUUUGCUCAACGUCAAAGCUCCCCAGCCUUUUCAAACGAAGAGAAGAAAGAGAAGGAUGCUAAAAGGGCCUCGCCACCACUACCAUCACUACCACCGCCUCCUUCACUGAUAAACUGGACAUCACACCAUCCGCCCCUACGCUUUCUACCCCAGGAAACUUCCCCAGACUUUGCAGCAGCUCUCAGGCAGCUCGGUGGUCCUGGCUAUCUACCCGGGGUUAGCCCCUCUGCUUUUAUUAGUGAACCCGAAAUGCCAAGGGCAUCAUCUGGUGCCACUUUCUUCCCACAAAAGUUCGGAAUGCCCCACGUUGGCAUGCCCACUUCACCAUCGCCAAAUCCCGGUUUCCUUUGGAUGCGACAUCCAACUGACUUAAUGGCAUACGCAUUGGUAACUGUAGACGAGAACAUGAGCCACACAGACAAGGAUGGCAAACGGAAACACACAAGACCGACGUUUUCGGGGCAACAAAUUUUCGCAUUGGAAAAGACCUUCGAACAGACGAAAUACCUUGCGGGUCCCGAGAGGGCACGUCUCGCUUACCUUCUCGGGAUGUCGGAGAGUCAGGUUAAGGUGUGGUUCCAGAACCGUCGAACGAAAUGGCGUAAGCGGAGCGCAGCCGAUAUGGCAAGUGUGAAAUCGACGGCAGGCAAUCAAGCACCUACAUUUGCUUCAAGUAACAGUAUCAAACUAUCCAUAACCAGUGAGCACUCAUCCCCGCUGUCUGAUUCGCAUCAUAACCACUCCCCCAAGGGGGAUGCUCACAGAGUAUCAGGAGAUGUAUUUGAAGAGGGGAAAGAUUCAAUUCAACAGGCUUUGCCACCGCCUCCGCCAUCAUUGCCUUUACCACCACCCCCGCCACCACCACCGAUAGCUUCCCUCCCUACCGCUAUUCCUCCACAUCUGUUCGGCGCCUUCUUAGCAGCUACAAGCUCUCUUCAGAAUCUCCCAUUUCCCUUCGGAAUGCUGGCCCCAUCCAUUGGAGUACCUCCUCGGGAGGAGCCUGAGGACGUCUUGAGAUCACGCAUUUGUGGAGGCGCUUCUACCGCCGAACGGCCCUUGAAUCCCCUCCUCUUUCAACCAUCAGGAGGGACAGAAAAACCUUGA